CGCGAAUUUUAAUGAGCUGCAAACUUAACUGCGUGGACUGUCAGAUCUGUCAGAACAACAAGUCAAGAUUGUGAGACAAUCUGCCCUUAUUUUGGUGUCCUUACCUUGUGCUAUCUAUACUAGUUUUCCUUGAAGAUGGCGCCCAAUAAAAAGAACUGCACGGAUUUGCCUGCCAUGUUCACAGCGGAUCUCUUCUGUGGCGAGGCAAUCGAUGAUGAGACUUACGAGGAGCGGAGACGGAAGAAUAUCAAAGAAAAUCAAGCAAUGCUCACAAAACUUCUUGCAGACAUCAAGGACCUGCCGGGGCUUCCAGACUUGCCAAUGUUCAGACAAGCUCCUGCGCCCAAGGUAAGUUGUGCGGAAGCUUGUAGAAAACAUUCAAUCAUCUUCCUGUAUGCUCAACCGGUCAAGCCAGUCAAACCAAGGCGAUCCCUUGACACUGAGAGAGCGAGCCCAUUAAGGAGGAACCCGUCACGACAUGCCAGGUACAGCCCCUCUAAGGACUCCCCUAGCAGCAGGACCAGGCUGUCGUCACGGUUACAACAGAAGCGAGAAGAGGAGGGUGAUGAUGUCUUCCCCAUGAUGCCCGGACAGAAAUUGGUCAUCAAAUUUGGGCCGUCACCAGCCAGUCGUAAACGUCGUUUGUCUGAUGGAGAAUCAGAUGUGGAGAGCAGAGGUGAUGAGUUUGAGAUCUUUGAGGAUGAGCUUCCUUUAGAAGAAGAGAUUAUCAUGAAGGAUGACGAGGAGAGCGAUGAGGAGUAUGAGGUGCCGACGCCCACCAAGAAGAGGCGUGGCCCUACUUACAAUGCACCACGCCAUCCCGAUGACAUCACAGAAGAAGAACUCAAAAUGGUGGCAGACUCUGUGAAGGAUAAGAGUUAUGACUCAAUCUAUGGAUCCACCUGCCACCAGUGCCGUCAGAAGACCAAUGACAUGAAGACCAUCUGUCACUCGGCAACCUGUAGUGGGGUCAGGGGUCAAUUCUGCGGACCUUGCCUGAGGAAUCGCUAUGGAGAGGAUGCUCGAGAAGCCCUGCUAGAUGAGACCUGGACGUGCCCACCAUGCCGAGGGAACUGUAAUUGCAGCUUCUGUCGCAAGAAGCAAGGACGCAAUGCAACGGGUAUCCUCAUCCAUCUCGCAAAGCAUAAUGGGUACCGUAGCGUCAAGGACUUCCUUGAAAGUUUUGGACGAAAUUGACUUGAUCCUCACAACAGUACUACAAGGAAGGUCUUUAUUGCAGGAAACAAAUAUUAUUUACCGAUCUACAGUCUUUAAGCCUUCCAAGGUAAUGAAUGGUAUGCACAGAGAUGCUGAAUAGAAUGGUAGUUGCCAAUUUUGAGUCUGUUAAAUCAAGUGCAGAGAUUUAGCUUUAAAACCCCAUUAUCCAAACCCCUAUCUUGGCUCAUUGCUUAAAUCUCCAGAAAGCCUAAUGCAGAUAUUAACUAGCAAAACCACAACGUUUUUCUUACGUUGACAUAAAGCAUAAUACGCUUCACAUUUGUGUAUGUUAUAACACAGAGCCGAGUGAAUUCAUGUAGCUCCUUUGUUGCUUGUAGAAAUAAAACACAGCUUUCUGUUUGUGGAGGCUUACCCCGUCAUACCUGAAUGGAUGGGCCCUAAGUGAAGUAAAAAGGAAUGUGUCCUCUUGUCCAAUACACACCGGUACACCUCUAAAUCCUGGUUCAUAUCAUAAGAUAAUUUUAAUCUCUUGUGAAUUCGACCUUAAGAUUCCUAGUUGUACAUAUUGCUAUAACUGUUUAAUUAAAAAUUCUGGAAGCCACUCGGUCUUGUCCUUGCUUUAAUGGCUGACACAAGUCCUGGGCCCGGCUGUCUCCGGCUGAUGGUACCCGAUACAGAGAUGCCAACCAGUACGAUUAAAUCGUAUUUACCGGUAGUACGAUAAUAAGAGUGAAAUACGAUUUUAAAAUCUUAAAAUACGAUUUUUCAUCUUUUUUAAUUUAACCAAAACCCCCCCCCCCCCCUCCAUAAAAACAGUGAAAUCGCAUAGAAACAUGUACAAGUAAACCCUGCAACCCCAACAAAAGUUUGCUUUAAUAUUUUCUCAUUAAAUUUUAAUGAAAGAACAACAUUUUUCUGAAAUUUUACUGGCCCGAGGCUGAUGGGCCAGUGGUAGGGUCGAGUUUUCGUGAAAAUCUGAUUUUUGGGGAUACUCGGUCUGUUUUUUUGUGUCAAUAGGUUGGCAUCUCUGCCGAUACCAGCCUUUAUCCAGGGAUACUGAUCCCCACUCUCCAUAGGAGAGGCUACAGUCGAGACCUCAUUGUUACCUUUGUCUGGACCAAUCCGAUAAACUCUAGACUUAUAGGGGUGGGGGCCAGUUCAUUAGUGCAACCUUACUCCAUCUUAAAACUUUUUUGGGCAGCCCGGGAAUCUUACAUUCAUUUGGUUUAUGAUGCUAAAUGCUCGCAAUCCUUUUUUGUUAUUAUAUUUUAAUCUCAGGAAAUUAUGGAACAACUCUUUAGUAAUGAAUGGGCUCUUGUAAAGUAACACACUGCCUAAUUGUGUUCGAUUCCAACCUCUUGUGUUUCAUAUUAGACCACCUCAAGCAGUGAAUAUUGGUAUUUAAGUUGUCUACCCUGAUUUGAAUGUAAAUAUGUUAAAUGUUCUACAAUGUUUUUUAUUCAACUAAUAUUAUGUCAAGAUAUCAUAUCAAUGUUUGUGUUGAUGAUACUGUUGCAACAUUUUGCAAAACAAUUUCAUUGAAUUGUAAAUAAUCAUACAUUACUGCUACUGACAAACGAUCUUUUUUACCAUUUGCGUAGACAAAAUGCUCUUGUGGAAAUUUUGUCUACUUUUUAUAUUAAAAAAGAAAUUAAA